GAUGCCUGAAAAGCAUCUCUUGCUCUUGCUCUUGCUCUUGCUCGCAAAGCUCAAUGGCGUCGCCACCGCCCUCCGAUCAGCCGGAGAACGCCGCCGCCGCAGCCGCCGCCGCCGCCGACGAUCAGGCUGCUGAUCCCCCGGUUCAAGCCCCAGAAGCCAGCCCUGACUCUUUGAGCAUCCUUGAGGAUACAGGUGCUGCAGAGCAGAUAGAGAAGCAUAACAAAUACAUGACCCUCUAUUCCCGGCGAUUAAAAGGCAAAUACUUUUCCAAGAAGGUUUUUAAUGGAGCUGCAAACAUAUUUGACCAUGAGACUACUAUAGACGAUGAGACUAUAAAGUCGAGCAGGUGGCCGUGCACAAGGUUAUUUGCGGAUCCAAUUCCGAAGCUAGAAAACAGAAAUAUUUCAUUGCCUGCUGAAUCAUCUGCAAUACCAAACAACAAAGAAAGCCCUAAAGCUAGCUGUUGAUCAAGGUUGCAAGGGAACUGGUGAAGAUUAGAAGUUAAAUUUGGCUUAACAAUUAUUGGCGGCAUGAUCACUUGUUUGAUCUCCCCCGUUUGACAUAGUGGAUAAUUAGACUAGACUGUGCAUGAUCUCUGCCUUUAUUUUUUUUUUUCUUUUUGGUGAAUAGUUGUGAUGUAACUGAUGUUAUUUUUCAAGACAUCUCUUUCAAUCAGAAGAAAAGAUGUCUCCCAUGUUAUAUCUGUUGAAUGAAUUCUAAACUAAUCAAAGCUCUUGCUGAAAGCAU